GAAGCGUAAAAGGGAGGAGAAAUGGAGGCUAAGAAGUAAAUGACGUAACUUUUAUCAGAGACCAUCGCGACUUUGCAAACUGUGCUAUUGCGAAGAGAGGCCUCAACGCCUACGACGGCUACGACAACGAUGGGAACAAGGACGACAAGAAUGACGCCUCCCGUCCUGACGACGAGAAGGUGCCGGAGGUUCGAAGUCGUUUAAAGUUAGACGGGACUUUGACGGCCGCGCACCUCUUCCCUCAAAUUGACCCGGAGAUGGUGUUGGACGGUAAAAGGGUGAAAAGACACCGAAACUGAGGAUCUCAAACCCGCAAGGAUCAGUCCGAUUUUAUCUGGACGCAUAACAUGAGACUUACAUCCCGCACAUCUUGAAGAAAGAUGUCCUGCACGAAGAAUCCAGAGGUUCCCGACAGUGGAAAAAUCACCGUUUGGCCGCAAUGGGUGACCGCUUUCACAAUCACUUUAGCAACCAUCGUUUCUGGUCUUUCGAAUGGUUGGGCUUCACCGUAUUUAGCGCAAUUAACAUCAGCGGAAGCAGACGUUUCCUUGAAAUUGACCGAUGUCGAAGCGUCUUGGGUGGCAUCUCUUUUGAGCCUCGGACGCGUAAUCGGAGCACUUCUUGGCGCUUUUUUUCAAGAGUACGCCGGGCUAAAGAGGGUGCUGCUGUUAUCGAGCUUGCCAUCACUCUCUAGCUGGAUCCUCAACAUCUGCGCUACGUCGGUCACGUGGCUCUACCUUUCCAGAUUUUGCUCCGGAAUCGGAUCGGGCAUCAUGUGGCCCGCGUUAUCCCUGUAUCUCGGCGAAAUCGCCAAUCCUGCUAUCCGAGGCUCCCUGAUAUCCUUGAACGUGAACAUAGCGUCGGUGGGUAUGUUCCUCGGCAAUGUGAUGGGCCCUUACCUGUCCAUGGAGAUGUUCUGUUACAUAAGCCUCGUGCCGAAUAUCCUCUUCAUGGUCCUCUUCAGCCUGAUACCUGAGUCACCCUAUCAUUAUGCUCUUCACGGCAAUAUCGACGAGGCCGAGGCAUCUCUCAAGUGGUUCCGACGAGAGGCUGACGUCAAGGCCGAAAUGCAAGAGCUUCAGGACUUUGUCGACGGCGCCAACACCAGCGUUCUAACGAAGCUCAAGAGCCUCCUGUUACCAGUAAAUCUGAAGAACGUCCUGAUCAUGUUUGGUUUAAAUGUCUUCGUCCAAGGAAGCUCGUUCAGCACAAUAAACGCCUAUGCAGAGAUCAUUGUCACCAGUGCCAAAGUAAACAUCACUCCAUCGAUUAUAGUAAUGGCGAUGUGUUUCGCCACAGUUAUCGCUGGUUUUAUAGCUAUUUUAUUAGUGGACAGAUUUGGUCGAAAAAACCUUCUGAUACUUUCCAGUAUUGGUGUUGCUAUUUCAUUUGCCGCUCUAGGUCUUCACUUUCACCUUCUCUCUUUAAACUUUGAUCCUGAAAAACUAACAUGGCUGUCGAUUACGUCAUUGCUAUCUUUUAAUCUCUUUGUGUCUUGUGGUCUGUCCACAGUGCCUAGUACUCUCAUAGGUGAAAUAUUCUCGGCAAAUCUUAAGAAUCUGGCGUCUCUUUGCGUUUUUUCGACCAACGCUCUAUUAGCUUUUAUGUUCGUUAAGACCUAUCAGCCUUUUGUCACAUUGGCUGGAGAAACAAUCGUCUUUUGGAGCUACGGGCUUUUUAUACUUGCAGCGGUGCCCUACGUACGAUACUUGAUCCCAGAAACAACGGGCAAAAGCUUGCUGGAGAUCCAACAAUCCAUCAAAAAAUAAAGCAACACAAUUGGUCAAAAUCAAAACUACUUAUAAUUAAAAAGUUUAUAUUGAAUAAUUCUGAGAAAAUUUUAAAUUUGUUAAAGAAUUUAUAGUAAAAAGUUCAAAUUUUAAAAUAGAUUUAGAAUAGAUUAGGAAUUAGAUAUAAAAAUUUUAAAAUUUUGACCUAAACGUUUUAAAUUAUAAUCUUUGUAAUUUGACGAUAAUUUAUAAUGACAAUGCAGAAAAAAUUAAAAAGUGCAGUUUAUUUAUCUUGUAGGCUAUAAAUUAAUAACAAUAGAACAUAACAAUUAGGUACAUAGGUAUAUUUUUAAAGUAAAAAAAUAUACGAUCAAAAAUUUAAAACUUAGGGGCCUAUAUGUUUUAAAUUAAGUAUUUUUUAAAAGAUAUUUUGUGAUUUAAGCUUAUAAAAAUUUAUUAAAUUAAUAGAGAAAAAAGUGAUAUUAUGGAUCGUGUAGGUAUUAUAAACACCCGUAUUACAAGUAUCUUUGUUAUUAGGUAACGAAUUGCUAAUAAUUACUUAUAGAAUCAUUUGUUUAAUAGUCUGCCGUUAAAUAGGUAUUAAUAUGCUAAUACACAAUAGCUGACAAUUGUUGUAAUGUAUUUUUAUUUUUGAGCAUUUCGAAACUUUUUCAAGGUACAUUUUAAUACUGAAUUAUGUCUAUAUACGAGGGUGAGUCAAAAAUUAUCCGGACUUUUGCUAGAACACGCCUUUACGUGUCACACUGCGUUCCGGGCAGGCAGGCUUUAAGUUAGCACUAUUGGGAUGUUACAAUCAAAGCUGGACUUUGAUUGCGUCAGUUUGUUUACCGAUACGAGCGUGUAAAUAUGACCGCUCUGCUAGAAGUUUGUACCAUGUCUUUAAUGUUUCUGAUUGCAGGAAAAUUUUGAAUCAGGAUAAUCCUAAAUGAUGAAAUAUUAAAAAUAUAUGAAUAAGAAUUAAAAUGGACUAGGGAGCUGCCACAAUUAGUAGUGUCAAAAAUAUAAUAACAGAUACAGCUAUACAAUUUCUUGUUAACACGACUAUAAUAGCCAAUGUAAUUUUUUCUUCUUCACUAGCCAACGUGGGGUCAUUUCCGUUUUACGCUUUUAUUAAAAGAUACACUAAAUGACAUGGUUUUUAACCAUAAUUUUACUUAAUUUCAACCUUCUAGUAUACGAUUAAAAAGUGAAAUGGCAGUACCAAUUAAUGAAACUAUAUAAUUUUGGUAAAUACAUAUGUGAACAAAGUUACGAUAAAUGCAGGGUAAUCCUUGAAAAAUCAUAACUUUUUUAAUCAUCAUGAACUGAUUCAAAAAAGAAAUUAAAGCUAAAGAAUCAUAUUUUUAUAAAAAAAAAUAUUCCAUUGAUUUGGAUCCAUAAUUUAAUGUUACUUUUGCAACAUGAAGAAUGCUUAUUUUUAUGAUAUAAUAUUAGCGGAUAAUAUGGGAUUUUCAAUAAAUGUAGCUUCACUUCUGUGAGUUUAAUGACUUUUAAUACGAAUUUAGUGUUGAAAAGUAAAAAUUACAUCUUUAUAUUUAUAUUUAUACAUUUUUUAAAAUUAUAUAUAUACAUGUAAUACAACAUUUCGAUAAUAACAUAACAAUCAAUUGCUUAAAUUUUAUUAAUAAAAAAAUUAAAAGUUACAAACAUUGUGCAAAUAUAUUGUAAAAUAAAAUAUUAUAAAAAAUAAAAAAUUAUUUACUUCCAAUUUUAGCAUCUUUAUGGGGUGCGCAUGAUUGGACACCACCACUCAUAGCGGCCUAGAGUUGUUCCAUUGGUCAAGCGCUGUGAGUGAUGGUGUCGUGCUGUGUCCAAAACAGUGUCACCCAUUCAAAAGCAUUACUAUGGCGCUAUAUUUUCCUACCAAUAAAAUUUUUUUAGGCGCGUGUAAUACAUACUGUACCGGCGUACGCAAUGUGAGAAAUUUUGCUUGAAUCCUAGUGACCCCAUCUUGGCUAGUAAGGAUUAAAACAAAACAUACAUUUCGACCUUUCUAUUAACGGUCUUCUUCAGUGUACAUACAAAUUUGAUGAAUUUCACAUCAAGAAUUGCAAUUCAGCUCGGAGUCCAGACCUCUUCUUAUUGUAUCGCUCGCAUUUUUCAGGUUGCUGUUUGUAACAACACAUCAGUCGUCAACAUGUCAUAGUGUUCCUGAGUUCCGCAGACUUUAAUAAGAGAGACUUAGACAGAACGGUGUUGCAGACAGCAACCCGAUCAUCUAAGUACGAUCUUUAUACAAGAUGUUUGACAAAAGACAUUUUGCUAAGCUGGGAAAAUGCGAGCGAUAUAAUAAGAACAGGUCUGGACUCCGAAAAAAAUUGUAAUUCUUUACGUAAAAUUCAUCAGAUUUGUACACUAGAGAAGACCAUUAGUAAAAAGGUCAAAACGUAUGUUUUGUUUUAUAAUAAUCAUAUCAACAAAAAAUCGUAUAGCUGUAUAUGUUAUUAGACUUUCAAUACCAAUAACUGUCGCGCCUCUCUAGCUUUGAAUCUAGCUCAUUUUAAUCCUUAUUUGAAUUAUUUCAAAACUGAGCUUUGUACUUUCUUUAUUGUUAAUUAAAAAUAUAUAAUUUUGCAAUAAAAUAUUUUAUUUUCUUAAAAAUAACCCAUUUUUUAAUUUACUUUUGCGGUAAUCUAUAUCAUCACCCCUGUUCUUUUUUAACCCAUGUAAUGUUUUACUUUACAAAUCACGUCUUAGAAGAAAAGAUCUCGAGGUGUCCCCCUCCGAUUUUGACGAGCCUUUAAUAUGUUGUAGUACAAAUAAAAAUACGGGGCACAUAUUUUUUUAUACGAACCCGUUUUUACUUUUUGGGGGUUUUUACCUAAAACACUACUUUAGAAAUAAACGGUUUUUUUCGAAGCAUAUAUCGUCAAAACUAUAAAAAAUAAAAAAAAUAUUCUAAUUAAGAGUUAAAUGGCUUGAAGAGUAU